CGGCGACGGUGGGUGUUUCGGCUUCAUGGGGACGUCAGCAGGAAGAUUCAGUGGGCCGAAUAGGAAGUCGGCAACGCACGUGUCGGCAUACGGGGAAGCCUUUUUUAGCUGCUCGGUUCCUGGUCGGUUAGAGCCAUGAGUCGUCCCGUAACUUGUGUUGCCUGGGUGUCCCAAGGUGUUACCAAGGAGACGCCCGACAAGGUACAACUUGACAAGGAAGAACUGAAGCGCUUGAUUACUGAAGCUAAAGACAGAUUGCAGACAGAAGAUGGUGAUGGUGAUGAUGAUGAUGGAGGUGGACAAGAAGAAACCUCAGGUGCCAUGGAUGUUGCUGAUGGUGAGGAAGCUAGCUCUGCUCCCAAAGAUGAAGACAAUGAUAAGCUAGAUAAUGAUGAAUUGGCAGAAUAUGACUUGGAUAACUAUGAUGAAGAAAAUGCAGGUACAGAGGGCAUUGGAGAGAUUUUUGCAGGGCUUGCAGUAUAUGGAACUAAUGAAAAUGAUCCAUAUAUCACUAUUAAAGAUACUGACCAAUAUGAAAAAGAAGACUUUGUGAUCAAGUCAAAUGACAAUCUUGUGGUAUGCGGCAGAGUAGAUAAGGACCACUGCAGUCUAGAAGUUCAUGUUUAUAAUCAUGAAGAAGAUUCCUUUUAUGUCCAUCAUGAUCUUAUUUUAUCUGCAUACCCCUUAAGUGUGGAAUGGAUGAACUUUGAUCCUAAUCCCAAUGAUUCUGCAGGAAAUUAUAUUGCUGUUGGCACAAUGAAUCCUGUUAUUGAAAUUUGGGAUCUUGACAUAGUGGACUCUUUAGAGCCAAUCUUUUCACUAGGAAAUAAGGCAAAAACAAAGAAAAAGAAACAAAAGAAGAAUUUAUCCAAAGAAGACCAUCAGGGACAUACUGAUGCAGUGCUUGAUCUUUCGUGGAAUAAACAUCUAAGAUCUGUCUUGGCAAGUGCCUCAGCUGACCAUUCUGUAAUUCUUUGGGACAUGUCCAAGGGCAAAACAGCAGCAACUCUUUCGCUUCACACAGACAAGGUGCAAACAUUGCAAUUUCAUCCAUUUGAAACACAGACUCUCAUUUCUGGCUCUUAUGACAAAUCAGCCAUUCUAUAUGACUGCAGAAGUCCACAGGACAACCAUAGAAUCUGGAGAUUUAGUGGACAAGUUGAAAGAGUGACUUGGAAUCAUUUUUCACCUCACCACUUCUUAGCUAGCACAGAAGAUGGAUUUGUGUAUUGUCUUGAUGCUCGUUCCCAUAAACCAGUCUUCACAAUGAAAGCUCAUGAUGAAGAAGUAUCUGGACUACACUUAAGUAGCCAAAUCAAAGGAUGUCUUGUAACAACAUCAUCUGAUAAAUGUGUGAAAAUUUGGGACAUCCUAGGAAAUAAGCCAUCUUUAGUCUAUUCCAGAGAUAUGAAAAUGGGUGCUCUGUUUUGUGCAGCUUGCUGUCCAGAUCUACCAUUUGUCUAUGCAUUUGGAGGAGAAAGGCAGGGACUACAGCUCUGGGACAUAAGUACUAUUUCUACAGUGAAUGAUGUUUUUGGAACUCGACAGAGGCUAACAGUUACCACAUCAGGUUCUGAAGGAAGUAAGUCUGCUAAUAGUAGUAGCAGCUAUGGGGAAGCUACAAUGGAAUCAUGAAAUAAGCAUAAUUUUUUUAUGAAGAUAUAAGUAAACCACUUUUUUACCUGCUUUUAAGGUCAUGUUACUUAAAACAUUUCUGACGUGUUAACCAGCUAGAAAUUGGAAUAUGUAAAACACAAAAACACUAGCAAUAAUAUAAUAAAAUAAAUUAAUUUUCUGAACAUAUUCAUUUGUAUUAAGAUAUACUUAGGCAUUCUGAUGUAUGUAACAGCUACUUAAUUCCUUUGACACUGUUUGUGGUUUAAAAGCUAUUAUUUAAAGGCCAGUUUUCUGAGAAUUUAAAGGACGCUCUCUACAUUGUGGAAGAUUUUAAAUGCAUUAUUAUUAACCAGGACUGGAUACCUUGUGAGAGCAUGAUUCUCUGAUCUUAUAUAAAUAUAUUAUAUUUAUAGUAUAGGCAUAUGCUAAUUAAUAACAUCCAGUCUGACAUAAAAAAUGGCUAAGAUUAACAAUAUUGAGAUUUUCUCUCCCCCCCUCCUUUCCAUUUGUAUUCAAUUCUUGGAGAUUGUUUGUUUUUUCAGAGGUAGUUUGCCAUUGCUUCCUUCCUAGGGCUCAGAGAAAGUGACUGGCUCAAGGUCACCCAUCUGGCUUUGUAUCCAAAGUGGGACUAGAAUUCAUGGUCUUCCAGUAUCUGAUGCCUUAAUUACUAUACCAUGGCUCUCAUCUCUUUGAUUCAGACCAUUAAUUUAAACAUACUUCUAGGAAAACCAUCAAUGUCAGUAUACUUAACAUUGACUGAAGUUCAUCACGUAUAGAUAAAUAAAUGGUUUAAUAAAGCAAAAAUGCUAUGAUGAAAAAACAAUUUCUAAUAUACUGGAAAAAAUUGAAAGGAGGGAAAAAAAUAACGAGUACACACAUUAAAAAGCAGUAUUUUAAUUUUCUAUAAGAAAACAAAUCUUAACGAUAGCUUCAUUCCAUAAAUAUAAUAGCAGCAUAAUUUCCCUUUUAAAAUAAGUGGUUAUCAGAUGCAGUAUAGACAAAGCAAUAUGAAUAACCUUUGUAUGUAAAAUUCAUGCUAAAACUAAGCUUGCAUUUCAAACACAAGCAUUAGCAUGCCUUACUCUGUUUCCCAUACUGUAUUUUUGUUUUCUAAUUCUCUGUGAAUGCUCAGUUGUCAACAAAUGAGCAAAAAAUUCACUGUUAUACAACAAAUAUCAAUUUAAUGAACUAAGUUAAACUACGAGCUUUUUUUCAAUAAAAAAGCACUUUAAUGAAAAAA